AUGGCAAGCGACAACAGUCCUCAGCUUACAGCUGACGCCUUCGAAGAAUUCUGCAAACUGCACGGUAUUAAGCAUAUUACCACAGCACCGCUUCAUCCAGCAUCCAACGGAUUAGCAGAGCGAUUUGUACAGACAUUUAAAUUUGCAGUCAAGAAGAACCUCAAAGACGGUAUACCACUUAGGGUAGCUGUAACAAAAUAUCUUUCUUCUUACAGGUUCACUCGAAACGCCCAAGGUAAAACUCCUGCCGAGUUUAUCCACGGUCGACCAGUCCGCACCGUGCUUAGUCAACUUUUCGAGCAGCCUGUCGAAGAUAAACAGACAAUCACCAAGUACAUCUCUAAUCAAAUGGUAUACGCUCGAAACUAUUCAAGGGGAGAAAAGUGGAUUGAAGGCAUUACCGACCGUCCAGUUGAAAAAAUGCUGCUCAUUGUUCGCACGUCAAAUGGUUACAUCAAGCGCCAUUUCAACCAGCUGAAACCGAAUUUGUCAGCAAACAACUCACUCAAGAGACCUCCAGAGUUUUGGUGGAUUCCUGAACUGCCAAAGCCAUCCUUCAAUCAAGAAAUACAGCAACAAGAUCGACCGCCAACUUUGCCAGUUGUCCAGCAACCUGAUCCUGUUUCUGUUUCUCGUCCUCCUGAACGCGCAGCAAAGCCUACCAGCAGCCAAGGCAGAAACAAUCUACACGAAGUCUUUCAGGCAUACCAGUACGCCAAGGCAGUCGUGUUCGCCAGGAAGUCGAUCGUUUUAAGCCCAAGGACUUCAGAAAAUCUAAGCAUAUAA